GCCAUAUUGAAAACUGCAUUGUCAUUUCACAUUGAAGACACUGAAUUUUUCUUUUUUUUCACUUAAAAUGGACAGAAUAUUACGGCUAGGAUCUGGUGGUAUUCCUGGAGUCGGGCAGGCUCCUCCGAGUGAUGCACCAGUUGUGGAUACAGCAGAACAAGUUUAUAUCUCAUCAUUAGCUCUUUUAAAGUUGUUGUGGAUCCUAUUCAAAGUGUCAAAGGAAAGGUUGUUAUAGAUGCAUUCCGUCUUAUUAAUCCGAACAUGAUGGUCCUUGGUCAGGAGUCGCGACAGACAACCUCAAAUCUUGGACAUUUACAGAAGCCUUCAAUACAGGCUCUGAUACACGGUCUGAAUAGACAUUACUACUCAAUCUCUAUCAACUACAAAAAGAAUGAACUCGAACAAAAGAUGUUGUUGAACCUGCAUAAGAAGACGUGGAUGGAUGGUUUGACUUUGCAAGAUUAUGAUGACCAUUGCGCAAUGAAUCAGAAAACUGUUAAAGAAAUGUUGGAGCUUGUCAAGAGUUACCACAAGGCUGUGGAAGAGGAAGAUACUAUGACUCCAGAACAACGCGCCAUAAAAAAUGUCGGAAAACAGGAUCCCAAGCGGCAUCUAGAAGAGAGCGUUGAAGUGAUGAUGACGUCAGACAUCGUCCAGUGCCUCGGCGCUAUGCUCAACUCAGUCGUCUUCUAGGUGUUUGAACCAAUCUGUUCUCUUUGUAUAAUAAUUAAAUUACAGCAAGAAUGUGUUCAAGUGU